CGGGGGGCGCACGCGCCGGGGCGGCGGGAGCGGCGCGCGGGGUCCUCCCGGCAGGUGAGUGCACGCCGCCGAGCGUCCGCGCGCAACUUCAAGAGCGCCCUCGGCCGGGCGAUAGCACGCGGCUUCCGGGACCCGGCGCCCGGCGCGCAUGGAGGCCACGGAGAAGCAGCAUCUGUUGGACGCCAGGUCCCGAGCCGGGUCUUACAAGGGGUCUCUGAGGCAGGAUGGGGCUGGCUGGAUCCCUCUGCCUCCACCUGGCCUGGACUUGCAGGCCAUUGAGCUGGCCACUGAGAACAACCAUUACUGCCACGCCCAGAAAGAUCUUGACAGUCACUGGGACCCCAAGAAGGAGCGAGCCCGGCGCCAGCUCUAUGUGGCUUCUGCCAUCUGCCUGGUGUUCAUGAUUGGGGAAGUCAUUGGUGGGUACCUAGCACAUAGCUUGGCGAUCAUGACAGACGCAGCCCACCUGCUCACUGACUUUGCCAGCAUGCUCAUCAGCCUCUUCUCCCUCUGGAUGUCCUCCCGGGCAGCCACCAAGACCAUGAACUUCGGCUGGCAGCGAGCUGAGAUCCUGGGAGCCCUGCUGUCUGUGCUGUCCAUCUGGGUCGUGACUGGGAUACUGGUGUACCUGGCGGUGGAGCGGCUGAUCUCUGGGGACUAUGAGAUUGAGGGGGGGACCAUGCUGAUCACGUCAGGCUGUGCUGUGGCCGUGAACAUCAUAAUGGGGUUGACUCUUCACCAGUCUGGCCACGGGCACAGCCACGACACCAGCCAGCAGCAGGAGAACCUCAGUGUCCGAGCUGCCUUUAUCCAUGUGAUUGGAGAUUUUCUGCAGAGCUUGGGCAUCUUGGUGGCAGCCUAUGUUGUAUACUUCAAGCCAGAGUACAAGUGUGUAGACCCCAUCUGCACCUUCCUCUUCUCCAUCCUGGUCCUGGGGACAACCUUGACCGUCCUGAGGGAUGUGAUCCUGGUGCUGAUGGAAGGGACCCCCAAGGGCAUGGACUUCACGGCUGUGCGGGAUCUGCUGCUGUCGGUGGAGGGGGUGGAAGCCUUGCACAGCCUGCAUAUCUGGGCGCUGACCAUGGCCCAGCCUGUGCUGUCUGUCCACAUCGCCAUCGCGCAGAAUGCAGAUGCCCAGGCUGUGCUGAUGGCGGCCAUCGCCUGCCUGCAGGGGAAGUUCCACUUCCACACCAUGACCAUCCAGAUCGAGAACUACUCUGAGGACAUGAAGGACUGUCAGGCAUGCCAAGGCCCGUCAGACUGACUGCCUGGCCAGGUGCCAAC